AUGGCCGCUCCACGUCCGCACCAUCCGCCACUGUGCGAGACUGACAACGCAGCCACCGAUCCACGCGACUCGAUGCAUCUCUUACACGCAUCGAAGAACGCUUACGACAUCAAAGGAAAGGGUAGGGCAUACGACAAUGUUGAGGAUGCAUUUUCAAUAUCGCGCACUUGCAACACCACGUCAGCCACCUCGAUGCUUGGCGAUACGGCGGACAAGACAAGCUGGAACUACGUGCUUCGCUCCGGGUUUGCAGGCGGAAUAGCGGGCUGCGUCGCCAAAUCGGCCAUCGCACCUCUGGACCGCGUCAAGAUCCUCUUCCAAGCACAGAACCCCGAGUUCCAAAAGUACUCGGGCAAGUGGCUGGGCGUGUUCAAAGCUGGACGCGACAUCGUGCGAUCCGACGGAGCGUCGGCGCUGUUUCAAGGGCAUAGCGCAACGCUUAUGCGCAUCUUUCCGUAUGCAGCGAUCAAAUACAUGGCGUACGACAAAUUGCACUUCUACCUGAUGCCUACCAAGCAGAGCGAGACGUCGGCAAGGCUGUUUCUGGCAGGAUCGGCAAGCGGCGUGUUGUCGGUCUUCUUGACCUAUCCGCUCGAAUUGAUCCGUGUCCGAUUGGCGUUCGAGACCAAGCGCAAACGACAGAAAGGCGGAUUGAGGAGAAUCAUCGGUAUGAUCUAUCGCGAAGGUGCGACCGAGGCGCCAUUUAGCAGCGAUGCCAGGAAGAGGGCGGCCAGAAUCGCACAGCAGGUCGCACAGCAAGCGAAUCUCAGCACAUCGGCCACUCAUACUGCCAUGACUGCGACUGCGACUGCCGCUGCCGCUGCCGGAGCAGGAGCAGGAGCAGGAGCAGCGAAUUCAAUCGAAAGCGCAUUGCGGGCAACCGACCCGAACGUGCCUUCUUCCGCCGUUCCAGCAGGCAACCGGCUGUUAGCCAAGUAUCCCAUACUCAAAUUCUACCGCGGGUUCAGCGUCACCGUGAUGGGAAUGAUCCCAUACGCAGGUACGAGCUUCCUCGUGUUUGGACGAUGCAAGACUCUGCUUCAGGACGUGUUCCCUCCUUCGGAACCGGCGGUAGGACAACUGGGUAGUAGGAGACAGUGGUACUGGCCCAGCAAAACCGUAGUCGACUUAUCGGCGGGCGCACUCGCAGGCGCACUCUCACAAACCGCCGCUUAUCCCUUCGAAGUGGUUAGAAGGAGACAGCAGGUAGGAGGCAUCAUUCGUCCUGGAGCUAUGUUGGGUAUGUGGGAAACAGCAGCGUGGAUCUACAAGACCAGUGGUUGGAGAGGCUUCUAUGUCGGGCUGAGCAUCGGAUUCUUGAAAGUGGUCCCAAUGACCAGCAUCUCGUUUGCGGUCUGGUUGGGCAUGAAGCGGCAGAUGGGAAUUUAG